GUCAUUGAGUCCGCUUGUGUCGAUGCACAGAUUUGCAAUGAUUCGCUAAUUAGCAUUCGUUUUUUAGUGAAUCCUAUGCCUAUCGGUUAUAUUUUAUGAAUUUUAAAAAGUUUAACUUCAAGUUGCUGUUUUGGACGUUAACAUGGAUGCAAGAAAUAUGGUUAAUUGAAUGUAUCAGCAAUCAAAUUCCGGAUCAAUGAACAGCAUUGUUUUCGCGGCGUCUCGGAAUGGAUCAAUAUCCGUACAGCAUACCGCCAUCCUACCAGUAUCCGGAGAGUGUCCCCGAUAAGAACGCUCCCAAUGUCCAAGAUGGGACCGGUAUAUCAACGCAGAAUUCCUAUUAUCUGAAUCCCGGUUCCACCAAUACAGGAUUUGGUUUUGCUGCUGUGCACCAACAACAACAACAACAUCAGCAGCAGCAAAUGGUGUCGCAAGUCGCACCACCUGCAGUGCCAGUGCCGGCAAAUGGACUGAUGUCGCAACUGCAGAGUGGAGUCCCCGUUGGAUAUGAUCCCUACCCGAGUCAGCCUUUCCACAAUCAAGUACCGGCACCGCCACCGAUAAUGACCACAAUGGAUUCAGCUGUUUCGGCAGUCUCGGCGAACUCGAUGGGAAUGAAUGCGAUUUAUGGGCAGCAAGAUUACACGCGGGAGGCGCUUGUUGGCACUGGUAGUGGUGGAGUUCCCAUGGAUUAUCCCGUAGCGCCGCCGGCGGUUUUAUUACCGUCAACAGAACCUGUAUCUGAAAUUGCGCCAAUGCCCCCCAUCCAUGAGCUCACAUCACUGGAAUCUUCAUUUGGCGCUAAUGUUAUGACCAGUGGAACGGAUGUUCCGGCAAAGGUAGAUGAUGUUCCGUGUGUUCCGUGUGCCGAAUCAACUGAGCAAAUUGGUGCGAUCCCACAGGAAUCAGAUUCAAUCCUCCCUCCGAAGGAACCAGAUCGAUCUGUUCCAGAAACACCUUCCGCUCCAGUCGCCACCGAUUCGCUCCCAAAUGACAGCACCUGUGCACAGGAGCAAAUACCUGUGGUGGUUAAUUCCACCGAACAAACCUCCGAUGAGAAACCCGUCGAACCGUUUACCGAACAGUUAGCCAGUAGUUUGCAUCCCGAUCACGCGGAAGAACCACCCCAGGAAGGCGUUAGCGAAAGCCCGAAACAAAGCGGCAGCGAAACGGCUACUCACAGAGCACCAAACGCCCCCAUAGACGACACGGGUGGACAGACAACGAAGAAAAAACGUCGACGGAUAGUGCAGCUGAAUGACGACGAUAGCGACGACGAAGAUGAUUGCGAUCGGAUGGAAUUGUUACGUUCGCCGGAACCAGCUGCGGUGGUUGACGAUGUUGGCGCAGUUCCAACACAUCCCCCGGAGUCGCACGACGUUAAGGACAAGCUAGAUGAGGCGGGAGACGGUGGAAGCUGCAGUGAGAACGAAAACGAAAGGCGCCCGAAUUCGAGUUGUUCUGGCAAUAACGCAAGCUCGAUUUUUCAGAAUGUGGUCAUGAUUCCGGCCGGUGAGUCGGAAGCGCACAAAAGAAAGAAAAUUCGUGUACUGGAUAGUGACGAUGACGAGGAGGAACAAAGGGUGGCGGACAGUGUGGACGAUAUCGGGCUGACCGGCGAUGGAGAUGAGCUGAACGCGGGAGGUUUGCUCAUGGAUGAGAAUGCCGAAGAUGGGGACUACGGGGCAAUGGAAGGCAUCGAAAUGGACAAGAUGGAACAGAUCGUUACAAUGGAUGCUCCGAUUUUUGACCCUACCAACAUGCCGAACGAUGACGAGGACGAUUCUGAAUCUGAUGCUGACAAUAAGAGCAAAAGUGAAAGCGAUCAAGAGCAUCAUAGCGAUAACGAGGGUGAACCGGAUGAGGAGCUUGGUGAAGAAGAGGAAAUUGUUGAGGAUGGUGUUGAAAUGAUAGCGGCUGAGAAUGAAGAAGGAGAAGCAAUCGGUAUAGCGACUGACGACGAGGAAGAACUUGAAGAAGAUAAUGAACAGCAACAGUCAGGAUCAGAGGGGGAAGAAUCUGACCGGGGGAGUGAUCGGGAACAGCAUGCUUCUGAUAAGUCGGAUGCGUCCGACAAUGAACAAGAAAGCGAAUCCGAGCGAGAGAAAGAAAAUGACCAGAAUGACUCGAGGUCAACGGCUUCUCCCGUUGAGCAGGAGAAGGAGAGUCAGAAACCGGUGUCUGAUCAACAGAAGGAAAAUGAUACAGCAAAAGCCGGCAGCGAAGAUGACGUUGUGUGUCAGAACGAUUUAGAACUGAACACGAUAUCGCUUCUAACGGAUGAGGAAGAUAAUUGUACCGCUACUUUACCACCUCCAAAGAAAGAGCUUCCUGUUGUGAGGAUAGUGAACAUCAAAAAGGAAUUGCUGGAUGACCGAAACUACAAAAGAGAUUCCAUUACAGCUACAUCCUAUCAACAACAGCAUUAUCUAAAACAGCAACAGCUAGCGCAACGGAGGCAGGAGAAAAAGAAAAAAAGAAAGAAAGAAAGAUCCUUCGAUAACGACGAUCCAUUCGGCGCGUGGUCCACUUCAUCCAGUGAGGAAGAAUUCAUUCCAAACGACAUCUACUUCGGUACACCGGAUCGGGUGUUCACCGUGAGCACCAAGAUCCGUUGCCAGCGGCAGAAAAUCAUGAACGAACGCUACUCCAAGCACGGUAGAAGCGCUAAGUCUGGCAAACGAAGAUACUCGGAUGAAUCCGACGCAGAGGAACGACGGAAGCGGAAACAAAAGCUGGAACAAGUCGCCCGACUUAAUCUUCCCUCCUACCAGCAGCAGCAGUUGCAAAAUCUCAUCAAAAGGAAAAAGAAAAGGAAGCAUGAUAGGUUCUACGAUAAGUCGCAGGACAUCCCGAACGAUAUCUACUUCGGGAAUGUGAACGUGCCCCUUCACAUACUAUAUGCCUUCGGCAGCAGCUCAUCGGAUGACGAGCUAUUCGACCGCAACAGAGCGAACACCUCGUGGAGGCCUUCGCAAUCCAGUGCCGGCAAAACUGGACGGUAUCAUUCGAGUAGUCGACCUACCAAAAGUACAUCUUCCUCCAGUUACAGAUCAUCGGUAAGUCCCAGUAACGAUCGGUCAGUGCAAGCAAUGAAGGAAUAUCUCAAAAUCGCCGGCUUUAAGAACGUAAAAUUUCACAAACUUUGGGAGGGCUGCAAAUCGAACCAGGAACGGGCGAACGCGAUCCUGCGGCUGAUGCAGGAAAAGGGUUUGGAGGGGGAGCCUACGAUUGCCAAAUGUCGCGAGCUACGCAAGCAGCUCCAAAUGGAACGGGAAGCGAAAGUGCUCGACACGAGCCUCAUCAUCGACUCAGGCGAAGGACGGACCACCCGGAGGAGUGUCAAGCACACGCCGAACUGUGGGUCGGAAGAUCCAUCCGAUCCGUAUGCACCUUCCACUUCGGGAACUUCCCAGGCGCCUGUCGUUCCACCGGAAAGCUUAGAGACGUUGAAUCGCAUCAGAAAUGUGAUCGAUCCGGACUCGGACGGGGAGUAAUUCAAUUGUACAUAGUCAUCUAACGUUGGCCAUACAUAUUUUGUUCUAGGUUUAUAUAAGAUGAGAGUUCAAUUUAUUUUAUUUUUAUCUUCGUAUUUUGAACAAAAGUUCAAUUAUCAUUAUACACUUUGCUGAAACACAGAUCAUAGUCCCACGUUUUCUUAAAGAGAACUUAGUGAUGGAAGAACUCAUGCUUUUUUGACAAAAAAAAACAAACAAUUCACUAGGCCAUGCAUUCAUGUGCAAAAAAUGUGAAAUAAAAUAGCUAUUAAGGGAAAAGGUGACUACGGAAUGAUGUCACUCUUGCUAGACUAAUAGUAUUUGAGGACAAAUUAAAAAUUAUUGUUCUGUACAAUAUACAUAUAUGACUAGGGAUGUCCAACUGUGAAAUCGUGAAUAAAGUUUGGCUUUUUUAAAUAACAAUUUUA